CGCUACGGCGUGGACGUGCGGCUACGCGCUACAAACUUCGCGAGUUUGGUUUUGAAUAGUGUUGGAUCCUCAAUCAUGAAGAGUUACUCCAAGAGCGUGGUGGUGCUGGCAGCCGUGUGGCUUGUGGUGGGGUCUACCGCCUCGCCGGUGCGGCGCUCUCCAGACCUGGAGGCUAGACGGAGGAGCGCCAUCGACCGCAGUAUGAUCAGAUUCGGCCGAUCGUACCCCCCAGAGCCAUCGGCAGCUGACAUCAGAGACACCCUCCCCCGCCCCUCCCGAAGAGGCAACAGCUUCCUCCGCUUCGGAAGAUCGCAGCCUCUCGCUCUAACAGCCGACGACCUGUUCACCCUCCUCAGAAACUACGACGAAGACUACGAUACCCCUGACAAGCGCUCCUCCAGCUUCCUCCGCUUCGGAAGAGGCCCCAGCUUCAUCAGGCUAGGCAGGUCUGCAGAAGACGACAAGGCCACCUACGAACAGACCUCGGAUUUGGUCGUCAGCGGAUACCCUCAGAGGAAAAGCAGAGCGCGAGACCACUUCAUCAGACUCGGCCGUGACAAUGAGGAGCUGGAUAAGGGUGAAAUGGAAGAAGAAGAAAGAAGGAAGCGCUCCGCAGAUGCGUACUGCCACGACUGUCAAGCGUAAUGUGAUUUUAUCUAUGGUCAGAAUUCCUAAGCAUUUUACUAGGAUCUAGUUCUGGUAAAGUGCUUGGAUUUCUAAGGCUGUUUUCCAUCUGUUCGACUUUUAUGGAUACAGCGUUGUCUAUGGAAAAUAACUUUUCGUAUUCUUAUACUCAUCUUCCUUUAAUCUGGGCUCAAAUCUGUUGCUUUUUGUAAAUCUAUUUUCCAUAGACGACCAAAUUCUUCCUCCCACAGUUUUCUAACGGCUAACGAUUCUAAAAUGAGGCUAAGUUUGUGGUGCAUUGAUAAAUGUAUAUGAAUUUUAAUCAUACGUACUAUAAAGUAUAUUUAAUUAUGUAUUUACUAUAAUAGAUGAAAAUGUUAAUUAUCUAAGAAUAUUUUUCUUCAGAUUUCAAAAUAGAGUUAUUUCUAUUUUAAAGCAAAAUACGCUUAGAGGUACAUUUACUUAUUUUAAAUCUUUUGUAGCUUCAAUUUGGUGAAAAAAAGACGUUAUAACUCCAUAAGGCCACCACAAAAUGUCCAAUUUCUUCGGUUGAAUUUAAACUAUAAAAUAUAAGGUUCCAACAUGGGGAACAAUUUAAAAUCUAUGGUGGAAAUUCUUCAUAUUGUGGUAGCUUACUGAGUUUAAUUAGCUGACAGUCGUACAAAUUAUUAUAUUCGCAUCUUCGUUAUAUUUAGGCUCGUUUAUUUUAAAAGAACUGACCACUAAACUCUACUUUGAAGUUUAACUAUUCACUAAUUCUAAUGUAAUAGAUAAUUUAAGUACAUUUAACGGAGUGCAAGUAUCUGAGAGAUAGUUUUUAAG